AUGAACAACGGCAAUGAAAUGCCUAUUUUGGGCCUAGGAACGUGGGGAGCCACCAAAGAUUAUGCAAUCAUUGAAAAUGUUCACGUGGAUGAAGUCAGCGACAAAGGCCGAACGAAACCUAAUGAAAUGGAGGCAGUUGUUGCUAAUGCCAUAGACGUGGGCUUCCGACAUAUCGAUACUGCUCCUUUACAUAAGAAUGAAAAAGAAAUCGGAGUUGCGCUUAAUAAACAAAUUCAAGAGAAAAAAGUGCAAAGGGAUGAGCUUUUCAUUGUGUCUAAACUGUGGAAUACUUUCCAUGGCCCCGAUGAUGUUUUAUGCGGUUGCAAGGAAAGUUUAGAAAAAUUAGGUUUAGAUUAUUUGGAUAUGUAUCUUAUGCACACACCAAUGGGUUUUAAGCCCGGCGAUGAUCUCUUUCCAAUCAAAAAAGGAAAAGUUUCGUUUUCUGAUGCCGACUACGUUUGCACAUGGCAAGCAAUGGAAGAUUUAGUCAAACAAGAUCUCUGUAGAAAUAUCGGUAUUUCUAAUUUCAAUAUAAAACAAAUUGAACGUUUGCUUAAACAAGCCACAAUUAUACCACAAACUCAUCAAAUUGAAGCCCAUCCAUAUCUUAUGCAAAAGGAAUUAAUUUCGUUUUGCAAAUAUAACGAUAUAUGCAUAACAGCUUACGCGCCACUCGGUUCUCCCGCCCGACCAUGGGCUGGUAAAGAUACAAAAAACAUACUUUUGAAGAAUUCAACGGUCUUAGAUAUCGCGAUGAGACAUAAGAAAACUCCUGCGCAAAUACUGCUACGCUAUCAAAUUCAGUUGGGUCAUGCUGCGAUACCGAAGUCAGGAACUUGUGAAAAUAUGCAGAAUAACUUUAAUAUUUUCGAAUUUGAACUACAUCCCGAGGAUAUGCAAAAUUUAGAUAGUUUAGACUAUGGUAUGCGUCUUUUUAAAUUUGCCGGGUAA